GUGUUCGACCAGUGAGGCGGCGAGGAAGGGGCGGGAGCCGGGGGUCCCGGCAGCUUCUAGUAGGUUCCAGAAGGCGGCGCGUGCAGUUGGGAACGCGGAGCGGACGGAUUCGAUUCAACGGGGUUCCGGGCCGGGCUAUGGAGCAGGUAAAUGAGCUAAAAGAGAAGGGCAACAAGGCCCUGAGUGCUGGUAACAUUGAUGACGCCUUACAGUGUUACUCUGAAGCCAUUAAGUUGGAUCCCCAGAACCAUGUGCUCUACAGCAAUCGUUCUGCAGCCUAUGCCAAGAAAGGAGACUACCAGAAGGCUUAUGAGGAUGGCUGCAAGACAGUUGACUUAAAACCUGACUGGGGCAAGGGUUAUUCUCGAAAAGCAGCAGCUCUUGAAUUCUUAAACCGAUUUGAAGAAGCCAAACGAACCUAUGAGGAGGGCUUAAAACAUGAAGCCAAUAACCCUCAGCUCAAAGAGGGUUUACAGAACAUGGAGGCCAGGUUAGCAGGUAGGUACCAUACCAGUUGGAAAUUGAAACUACAAGAUCCCCGCAUCAUGACCACUCUCAGUGUCCUCCUCGGAGUUGAUCUGGGCAGCAUGGAUGAGGAGGAAGAGGUCGCCACACCACCACCACCUCCCCCUCCGAAAAAGGAGACCAAGCCAGAGCCAAUGGAAGAAGAUCUUCCAGAGAAUAAGAAGCAGGCACUGAAGGAAAAAGAGUUCGGGAAUGAUGCCUACAAGAAGAAAGACUUUGAUACAGCCUUGAAGCAUUACGACAGAGCCAAGGAACUGGACCCCACUAACAUGACGUACAUUACUAACCAAGCAGCGGUGUACUUUGAGAAGGGUGACUACAAUAAAUGCCGGGAGCUUUGUGAGAAGGCCAUUGAAGUGGGGAGAGAAAACCGAGAAGACUACCGACAGAUUGCCAAAGCUUAUGCCAGAAUUGGCAACUCCUACUUCAAAGAAGAAAAGUACAAGGACGCCAUCCACUUCUAUAACAAGUCUCUGGCAGAGCACCGAACCCCAGAUGUGCUCAAGAAAUGCCAGCAGGCAGAGAAAAUCCUGAAGGAGCAAGAGCGGCUGGCCUACAUAAACCCUGACUUGGCCUUGGAGGAGAAGAACAAAGGCAAUGAAUGUUUUCAGAAAGGGGACUAUCCCCAGGCCAUGAAGCAUUAUACAGAAGCCAUUAAAAGGAACCCACGAGAUGCCAAAUUGUACAGCAAUCGAGCUGCCUGCUACACCAAACUCCUGGAGUUUCAGCUGGCACUCAAGGACUGUGAGGAAUGUAUCCAGCUGGAGCCAACCUUCAUUAAAGGUUAUACACGAAAAGCAGCUGCCCUAGAAGCAAUGAAGGACUACACAAAAGCCAUGGAUGUGUACCAGAAGGCGUUAGACCUGGACUCCAACUGCAAGGAGGCAGCAGACGGUUACCAGCGCUGUAUGAUGGCCCAGUACAACCGGCACGAUAGCCCUGAAGAUGUGAAGCGGCGGGCUAUGGCCGACCCUGAGGUGCAGCAGAUAAUGAGUGACCCAGCCAUGCGGCUCAUCCUGGAACAGAUGCAGAAGGACCCCCAGGCACUCAGCGAACACUUAAAGAAUCCUGUAAUAGCACAGAAGAUUCAGAAGCUGAUGGAUGUGGGUCUCAUCGCAAUUCGGUGAUGACUUGGUCACCCCCCUUCCCUUCAUCCUCAUGUGGAAAAAGAAGCUAGGACCGCCGCACGCGGCGUGGAGCAGAAGGGAGCAAGGGGGGAGAGAACAGCUUAUCUCUAUAUAUUUAUACAUACCACGCGGAAGAUGCAGAGACUUGUACCGUCAUUUGAGCAGCCGCUGCCUUGGGCCCUCCCAGCACACGCAUGGUCUCUUCACUGCUGCCCUUGAGUUCUGUGUCUCUUUCCCCUCAGUGGCUGCUCUCUCAUAGUUGGUUAUUUUUUAUUUGGGGCAGUGGGCAUGUAUGGGGAGGGGAGAGUGUUCUUCCCAGCCUCAGUCCCCAGCUGUCUUCACAUUGUUGAUUCCACGUCCCCUUCUCCAAUAAAGCAAGCCUGUUGGGCGUGGUUACAUAUUA